CAGUACCGUGUACGUGAUUAGGCCGUGCUGCUUCCACCACCACUUGAACGCAGAUCCACGGCACGUGAACGCAGGUCCAUGGCUGCUUCCACCACCACUGGUCGCGCCUGUACCUACUCCUUCGACGCCACUCCAUAGAUCCGUGUUCCGCGUCCAUCUUUUCCAGCACCACUUUCCCAAUCAUGCUUGAUUUCCCAUAAGUAUUCUAGAGACAACGCUAAUCGUUCAUAAGCUACUAUCAGCUUUCCCGCAAUAGCCCUCGUUUCUUCCCGUCGCACUCGUUUCAAGGUUCUCAUUUCAGUUCGUGCUGCUUCGCCUUAGGAGAUGCAGUCGCCUGCACAUAUUAACGACCUUCCCGACGACGUCCUCGCUAGGAUGCUAUGGCACGGUGCUGUCCAGAUUCUCCGCACUUCGUUCGUAUGCCGUCGUUGGCGCGAUCUAGCGAAGUGUCAUGUCUCCACUCUCCUCGUCGAAAAGAACCAUGUUAUCUCCCUCCAAGACCUCUCGAACGCCGUCGCAAGCUUCCCGAACUUGACCCACCUUCAUCUGUGCGACGGCAGCGUGGUAACCCUAGACGACGCGUUCCUCGCUCACCUCGCGUCUUCAUGCCCUAAGCUGACGAUUCUCCACGUGGGAAGCGGCAUUACACAGCAUUCGGACUAUUUUGGAUGGAAGCAUGAGCAUCCUAUCACCGAAGCUGGCCUGGAUCGGUUCUUCCAACAGUGCACCCAGCUGGAGCAGCUUUCACUCUUCUGCCUCCAUCUACACACUGAGCUUCCACCUUCCUUCUUCCAGCUAAGGCGUCUACACACCCUUGCUCUUACAGCCGCUUCGGCCUUAGAGGCUCCAGAUCUGGAGAACCUCGGCUCUCUCACCACUCUCCAUAUCGCCUCCAGGGAGUUGAGCGAUCAGCAACUCUCAAACGUUCGUCGUCUCCCACGCAUUACCAACCUUUCAAUCUCAAACAGAACCUGGUUCUAUCCUGGUGACCCGGGCUCUGCUGCCUUCACCAUCGCACAGCUACCUUUUCUAAGGUCAUUGGAGACCAGCCACGUGGUUCCCUCGUAUUGGCCAUGCGCUAGUCUUGAACGGCUGCAGAUCUCUCAUUGCAUAGAAUUGGAGCGGCUUCCUGACAACAUUGCUGAACUGCUGCCAUGCCUCCGUGAGCUGACCAUCUGCGGGUGCGAGAAUUUUGAGCAGCUGGCCGAGGGUUUCAGCUCCCUAAGCCACUUGGAGAGCUUGGCGAUCUUCAAAUGUGGCAAAUUUCGGUCCCUGCCUGAGAGCUUUGGGAGGUUGUCUGCCUUGAAAUCACUGGUGCUGGAACAACUGCCUCUCUCGGCCCUCCCUGACUCCAUCUGCCAGCUCAGCUCCCUGGAGACACUGUUCCUGCUUUGGUGCGAACCGAUCAGCCAGUUGCCAGCGGGUUUCUGCUGCCUCACAGCUCUCAGGACCCUGUGCCUCGGGGUAGUGACGCUUCCAGAGGACAUUGGACGCCUGACCAACCUCCAAACCCUUCUGGUUAGAGACAACUUCGAACAGCGGCAACUUCCUUCCUCGUUGACCAAGCUUUCUUCAUUGACAAGGCUUGAAGUGCAGUUGUGCGGCGUUGAAGAGCUGCCAGAGGGAUUAGGAGAGCUGAGUAACCUGCGAGAACUGCACGUCUCGUUGUGCUCUGAUCUCACGGCGAUUCCAGCGUCCUUGACAUGGCUGACUGGUCUUGAAAUUCUGACUCUUACUGACUGCAGAGAGCUCUCUUCGAUACCAAGGAGGCUCGACAGCCUAACAAGGCUCAGACGACUUGAGGUGACCUCGUGUGAUGAGCUGAGAGGGCCGCCUGAGGUGCUGCCGCCUUCUCUUGAGAUGCUGAGCCUGGGAGGCUAUGAGCAGAUUACAGCUCUGCCGGACGUCUCGGGGCUGACAAAGCUUCGGCAGCUUUGCUUGAAGAGGGUUGCUGUAGAGUGUGGUCUCACAGUCAGCAGAAGUCUAUCUCACCUGAAUCAUUUGAAGCUGAGUCUGGCGGACAAUGCUAGGGAGCUUCCAUUCGCCCUGACGUUUCUUUCUCAGCUACGCACCCUGAUAGUUCACGGCAUGGGGAAUGUCAAAAGGCUGCCAGCAGAUAUCGGAUCAGCAUUGCAGCACCUGCGGAAGCUGAAUCUAAAGUGUGCCGACGAAUUGAGGGAGCUGCCGGCAAGUGUCACUCAGCUUCGGAACCUGACAUCCUUGGAGGUUGAUGCUGCGCCAAAGCUAGCCUCUCUUCCCUGUGGCAUCGGUGCCUUGUCCCGGCUGCGGAAGCUGCAGCUAAACCUCUGCCAGGAGCUUCAGCAUCUGCCUGCGUCUCUCAUCCAGCUUACCCACAUAAAUGAGCUCUCUAUUUUUAAUGCCUCCAUCCGCUCCCUUCCCCCCGGCUUUGCGCAGCUUGCCAGACUCAAGACUCUCUCACUGUCAGGCUGUGCAAACCUGCAGGCGUUGCCAGAGGGUCUGAGUGAGCUGAAGGCGCUGCAGAGGCUGGACGUGCAGGAGUGUGAGCAUGUGGUCGACAGUGAUGGCUUAGUGCUGCCCCAUAGCGUCAACAAGAUGUACGGGCUGAAAAUAUACAGCUAGGUGCCUGCAGACACUGGCCGAGGACCUGUGUGAGAUGAAGGUGCUGCAGGAGAGGCUGGAGGUGCAGGCGUGAGAGCAUCUGAUAGACAGGGAUGAUUCAGUGCUGUCUCGUAGCAUCAACAAUAUGUUCGGGCUGAAAAUAUUCAGUCAGGCACCAGCAGGCGUUGGCAAGGGCUUUGUUUUGAGUAAGAUGAAGGGACGCAGCAGAGGCUGGACGUGCAGGAGUGUGGGCAUGUGUUACCCCAGAGCAUCAGCGGGAUGUGCAGGCAGCACUGAUGGCUCAGUGCUACCCCAAAGCAUCAGCAAUAUGUGUGGGUUGAAAGCAUACAGGUAAGUGUUAGAGAGAAUGAAUGGACUAGUGUGAGAUAUCAGAAAGAAUAAUUGAACUACAAUGUGUGAGUACAAGGGUAUAUAGACUAGGGUGUUGUACAAG